UCAUUUCCGUGUCUCCCCGUCGCCUCACCUCCCCUCCCUCCAUCUCCAUCUCCAUCUCCAUCUCCGGCCAGUCAAAUCUGAAUCUUUCCUCCCUCUCUCUCUUUCUGUGUGUCGGUGGUUCCGUACAUAUCCUCUCGGAGCUUCGGAUCUGAGGCUGAUCUCACAUUCACUAGCGAGGGAGAGACAGACAGACAAGACAUGAAGGUGAUCGAUAAGAUCCGGGAGGCGGCGGUGUGCGCCGAUGGGGAGGGCGCCGGCUCCGGCAAGGUCGUCUUCUCCUUCGAGUUCUUCCCGCCCAAGACGGAGGACGGUGUCGACAACCUCUUCGAGCGGAUGGACCGGAUGGUUGCCCACAACCCCAACUUCUGCGACAUCACCUGGGGCGCCGGUGGUUCCACCGCCGACCUCACCCUCGACAUCGCCAACAAGAUGCAGAACAUGAUCUGCGUCGAGACCAUGAUGCACCUCACCUGCACCAACAUGCCCGUCGAGAAGAUCGACCACGCCCUCACCACCAUCAAGUCUAACGGCAUCCAGAACGUCCUCGCCCUCCGCGGUGACCCUCCCCAUGGCCAGGACAAGUUCGUCCAGGUCGAGGGUGGUUUCGCCUGUGCCCUAGACCUGGUGAAGCACAUCAGAGCCAAGUACGGGGAUUACUUCGGGAUCACUGUCGCCGGAUAUCCAGAGGCGCACCCUGAUGUCAUCGGACCGGACGGCAUGGCUACGUUGGAAGCUUACCAGAAUGAUCUCGCAUACUUGAAGAGAAAGGUUGAUGCGGGAGCUGAUCUCAUCGUCACCCAGCUGUUCUAUGACACCGACAUUUUCCUCAAGUUCGUGAAUGACUGCCGCCAGAUUGGAAUCUCCUGCCCCAUUGUUCCGGGCAUCAUGCCCAUCAAUAACUACAAGGGCUUCCUUCGCAUGACCGGUUUUUGCAAAACUAAGAUUCCUCCAGAGAUCAUGGCGGCCUUGGAGCCUAUCAAGGACAAUGAAGAAGCGGUUAGAAAUUAUGGAAUCCACCUGGGAACUGAGAUGUGCAAGAAGAUCUUAGCUAAUGGAAUUAGGACCCUGCACCUUUACACACUCAACAUGGAGAAAUCAGCACUGGCUAUUCUGAUGAAUCUUGGUUUGAUUGAAGAGACGAAAGUUUCUCGGUCUCUUCCUUGGAGGCGUCCUACAAAUGUUUUCCGCGUUAAGGAAGAUGUGCGCCCGAUAUUCUGGGCUAACCGCCCAAAGAGCUACAUCACAAGGACCAUGGGUUGGGAGCAUUACCCUCGUGGACGAUGGAGUGAUUCACAAAGUCCAUCAUAUGGGGCACUUACUGACUAUCAGUUCAUGCGCCCCCGUGCCCGCGAUAAGAAACUCAAAGAAGAAUGGACUGUUCCUUUGAGUGGUAUUGAAGAUGUUUGUGAGCAAUUUAAGAAAUUGUGCCUGGGGAAAUUGAGGAGCAGUCCUUGGUCAGAAUUGGACGGCCUUCAGCCCGAGACGAGAAUCAUAAAUGAACAUCUUGGCAAGAUUAACCUGAAAGGUUUCCUCACAAUCAACAGCCAACCCGCAGUUAAUGCAGAAAGAUCUGAUUCUCCCUCUGUUGGAUGGGGAGGGCCCGGUGGUCAUGUGUACCAGAAGGCGUAUUUGGAGUUCUUCUGCUCUCCCGCGAAGUUGAAUGCGCUUGUUGAGAAAUGCAAGGAGUUCCCUUACCUGACAUACAUGGCUGUUAACAAGGACGGUAGCAGCUGGGUAUCCAAUGUCGGGAAAUCUGAUGUCAAUGCAGUGACAUGGGGGGUUUUCCCUGCAAAGGAGAUUAUUCAGCCAACUGUGGUGGAUCCUGCGAGCUUUGCGGUGUGGAAGGACGAAGCGUUUGAGAUCUGGUCCAGAGGAUGGGCCUGCCGAUACCCAGAAGGCGAUGCAUCCCGCAAACUGCUUGAAGAGAUUCAAGGCAGUUACUUCUUGGUGAGCUUGGUCGACAAUGAUUACAUCAAUGGUGACCUAUUCGCCGUCUUCUCGGACAUAUAAACAGCAAUGCUCCGUUCUGUUUUUUCGCACAGCCCGGAGUCAAUCCUCCGCAUGAUUGUUCCUCUUCCUCCCUCGGUGCGUGCAAUGAUUAUCUGGUUAAGUUUUAUUCUUGCCCUCGGGAUAUAAUCUGAAAGAAUCUGCCGACGUCUGUAGUUCAAUAUGCUCUUUUUGUCCUCUCUCUCAUAGCAGAGGCGGGCUUGUUGCAAAAUUUAUUUGUAUCCUUCAAUAUGAAUAAUCCACAAAGCAUAUGAUCCAAAUGUAAUGCCUCAUUUGUUUUGUUUCGAUAUCUAUUGACUACAUAUUGUUAUUUAAAA